CUAUUUGACAGAUUCUUCUAUAUAGGUUUAUUUUCGAGUCCUUUUUCCUCAAGCAAGGUGAAAGAAACGGAACCAAUUUAAACAUUGCGCAACAUUAUCUUUAUAAUGGAUUGAAUUGCUGAAGAAAACAUAAAACGAUGGAUGUACACAGACAUCGAAAGGAUAGAUAUGAUUACGGAGAGGAAUCAUACGGACAAUAUCCAGCCAGAGAUUAUUAUGACAAUCCAUUAUAUCCUCAAAAAGUGGGGUAUGCAGCCCUAGGCUUCAACCCAAAGUAUCUGCCUGCAGGAAACCCCUAUCACAGCGAGGAUGGAGGGUCAAGGGAGCGUCUCCACAGACAAAAAACAUCUGGAUCGUGGUCCGCCAAAAAGACGCGAACUGUCUGGGCAACGGUUGCUAUAGCAUUUCUCGUGGCAAUAGCUACUGGAGUAGGAGUUGUGAUUUUUUUAACUAGUCAAUCUUCAAACCAGAAGGAUAUCCCAAAGACUGUUUUCGAGGGCAGCAUUAAAGUAGAAAAACCCUGGUCAGACAAAUAUAAAGAUCAAACCUCCACCGAAUAUAAGGAGGCUGCGGCAGAAUGUGAAAAAAUGCUCACAACUCUCUACAAAAGUAGUACGCUGUCAGGGAAUUUUGACAGUGCACAGUGUACGGAGUUUAGACGCGGGAGUGUAAUAUACAUCUUUGAUGUUGUUUUCACGUCUGGCCUUGAAGUGACACUGACUAGGGUCAAGGACGUACUACAAGAGGCUGUAACAACAGGAGAAUUACAGCGAAUUGCUCCCACCAUUGUAAUUGACACAACGACCACAGUCCAUCUUCAGGAAAAGUCAGAAGGUGGGAUCACAACAAUGUCAACGGAAGCUCCUACACCAUCACAGACAACCAUGACUACAACAACUCAAGUUCCUAUGACAACAACUCAAUCUCCUACGACAACAACUCAAGCUCCUACGACAACAACUCAAGCUCCUACGACAACAACUCAAGCUCCUGCAACAACAACUCAAGCUCCUGCGACAACAACUCAAGCUCCUACGACUACUCAAGCUCCUACAACAACUCAAGCUCCUACGACAACACAAGCUCCUGCGACAACAACUCAAGCUCCUACAACAACUCAAGCUCCUAUGACAACUCAAGCUCCUAUGACAACUCAAGUUCCUACAACAACUCAAGUUCCUACGACAACUCAAGCUCCUACGACAACUCAAGCUCCUACGACAACAACUCAAGCUCCUACGACAACAACUCAAGCUCCUACAACAACAACUCAAGCUCCUACAACAACUCAAGCUCCUACAACAACAACUCAAGCUCCUACUACUACAACAGAAGCUCCUCCAAAACCUGUUAUUUUCGAAGGUGUCAUUAAAGUCAACCAAACAUGGGAUGAAAAGUUAAACGACUCAAACACUCCUGAAUACAAGACAGCCAAAGUGGACUUCGAGCAUGCCAUGGAUAGUUUGUACCAGAACAGCACUUUAUCUGAACGGUACAACCGCACAGAAGUCACCGGGAUUGAGCCAGGCAGUAUUGUUUUCGUGUAUAUAACUAUCUUUAACCCGCCUCCUCCCACUCCCCCGCCCCCAACAUUACCCCCCAAUGUAACGGAGGGACCAGACAGUGGUACCCCAGCACCAACGAUUGCUCAACCUGAGCCGGUACUUACUGUUGUGAUGGUAGUCAACGUUAUAAAAUCGGCCAUCUCGUCUGGAAAAUCUAUGAGGAUUUCAGCCACAAUUGUUAUAGAUGAGACGUCUGUUCAAGAUGUAGAAGUGAGAACAACCACAACAACAACAACGACGACAACAACCACGACGACAGCAACGCCAUCAACAACAACACCAAGAAGCACUCCAUCAACAACAACAGUACCAUCAUUAACAUUAAGACCAUCAACAACUAAUACUCCGUCAACAAUAGCAACAACAACAACAAACACUCCAUCAACGACAACGUCAACAACAAAUACUCCAUCAACGACAACAAUAACAUCAACAACCAUACCAACAACAACAACCCAAACAACAACAAAACAAACAACCACACCAAUGCCAACAACCACACCAAAGACAACAAAACAAACAACAACAAAACAAACAACCACACCAAUGCCAACAACCCAAUCAACAACAACCACACCAAUGACAACAACCCAAUCAACAACAACCACACCAAUGCCAACAACCCAAUCAACAACAACCACACCAAUGCCAACAACCCAAUCAACAACACCAAUGACAACAACACAAACAACAACACCAGUGACAACAACACCUUUAAGAACAACAGAAGAAAGUACAUCAUCAACAGAAACAACUAGAAAUCCAAUCAAUGCAGAAACAACAGUGCCAAAUACAACAUUUGAACCAAAAUCUACUACGCAUGUGAUCACAGACAUCACCACUUUACCAUCAGGGGAGGUCACCUAUUUGACUGAUAUUGAAUUGAAUGAAGUACCUUAUCAUACUGAUUACAAUGAUCCUAAAAGUGUUAUGUACAGAAACUUGGAAUCUCAGAUUGUUGGAACGGUGAAUGCUGUAUUUUUUGCUGGCUAUAUGGGUAGUAAUUACAUCGGCUGUACCCUAGAGAGAAUAAGACGUCAUGGAUGGGGAAUUCUCAUAACAUACAGCCAGUCUUUCUACAAACGUGUAAUGAUAAUGCCUAACAAUCAGAAUGCAACAAUGAGUCGUGGAAUGGUUCGAAAUAUUACAUUACAAAGUUUGUCAAUGGUGAAUGCCAACCUUUUGCUCAACAUCACUGGAAGCGAGGUCCAUACUAGAGAGACGAGCGAGUCUUCCUACAGCUGCUCUUUUGAAACACCAGAUGAGAACUGUUUUCUUCACAAUACCAACUACAGUAACCCAUGGACCAGAGAAAGUAAUUCCACUCCUUCCUUCACAGGCCCACCCUCUGCUUACAGUGGGGAGUACUAUAUAUAUAUGCCAUCAUCCAGUAUACCGGCUGGCAAUAAUUCGUAUCUGAUGGAAUCUGACAUUCUGUAUCAAAAUUCCUCAAAAUGCCUGAGGUUCUAUUACCACAUGUAUGGCAUAGGAUCUUUGAGAGUAAGGAUUUAUAUUGUGCCUUACCGACAGGAAUAUACUAUAUGGCAGAGUUAUGGAAACCUAGGAAUUAUGUGGCAUCUUGCUGAAAUACCAAUUAAUUUAUAUUUUGUCCCCUUUAAGUUGAGACUUGUUGGCCUAACUGGAGGUAAUAGUACAUACACAAGUGACAUUGCUGUGGACUAUUUAAACUAUGAUGAUGGAUUUUGUUUUGGAGCAGCAACCAUUCCGUCAACAGUUCCAGUAACCACUGCCCAUCCAUCAACAUCAUCAACAACAACAACAACAUCAACAUCAACAACAACAACAAAUGGAACAUGUGGAGGAACAUUUGUUGGACAGUUUUCUGGAUAUAUUACAAGUCCAAAUUAUCCCAACUCUUAUCCAAGUAAUGCAUACUGUGAAUGGAACAUCAUAGUGCCAAGUGGAUAUGUCGUCAAAAUAAUUGUAAUAUAUUUCUACACAGAGAGUGGUUAUGAUUAUGUAACAAUCUUGGAUCCUAUUGCAAAUACACAAAUUGGAAGAUACUCUGGUACAAUACCGUCUGGAACUGUAUUCUAUUCAAGUGCCAAAUCCAUUGUAAUCAGUUUUUCUUCAGAUUCCAUUGUGCAAUAUCAAGGAUUUUAUCUUCAGUUUGAAGCUUCUGCACGUCCCAAAAUACCCUGCACAUACUAUGAGAUUCCAUGUCCAAGUGAUGGGCGGUGCAUUUAUAGGUAUCAGCUGUGUAAUGGUCGAAUGGAUUGUCCUGAUGGAUUUGACGAGAAGCACUGCUCAUCAGGAAGUACAAUGGAUCCCUACAACUCUACAGUGUCACCACCAUGGAACAUGACAGCAUCACCACCCUACACCAUGUCAACAUCACUACCCUACUACAACAUGACAACAACUGGUCCAGGGAACUUCACAAUCCCCACUGUUAACAUCUCAGACAUUGAAGUUCGCCUUGUAAAUGGUGGAAGCUGUUAUGAGGGUAGAGUUGAGGUUAAAAUCAAUGGAACAUGGGGAACUGUGUGUUCCAAUGGCUGGGGUACUGCUGAUGCCAGAGUCGUGUGUGGAAUGCUUACUCCAAGGUUUACAUCAGCAUAUGUGAUGCCAUCAGGAUUCUAUGGGAAUGCUGCUGAUGAUGUGCCUAUUCUGAUAGACCAUGUGAACUGUGCAGGCACCGAGCUGUCUCUGAAGGACUGCCAGUUUACCUGGGGAGAUGCUAACUGUGUAGGACACCAGCAGGAUGCUGCAAUGAGGUGUUCUGGGGUGGAGCCUAUUGCUCUUCCGGGAGACGAUCAGUUUUUGAUAAACUGUGAUUUUGAAUCAUCCUCCUGGCUCAGCGAUUCUUCUUGCGGCCUUACUCAGUCGGCCAGUGAUCGGUUUAAUUGGAUGCGUAGGACUGGGUCCACACCGAGUUCAUCUACUGGUCCCUCUAGUGCUGCUUCAGGAUCGUAUUAUCUGUACAUUGAGACAUCCUACGCAGGAAGCAAAGACAAUGCUGUUUUAAACUCAAAGUAUAUAGAUACAGGUGAUGGUGCAUGUCUUAACUUUAAAUAUCACAUGUAUGGUUCCACGAUUGACACACUAAACAUCAACGUUUCCACUAAUGGCUUUGAUAAUCAGAGACUUUGGUGGCGGUAUGGAAGCCAAGGAUAUCUGUGGCACCAAGCUAGUGUGAAUUUACCCAGAAGUUCUUCCUUAAAGAUAUUCAUAGAAGCAAUCAGAGGUACUAGUUACACAGGUGAUAUAGCCAUAGACCAAGUGAAUGUAACCAAAGGACCAUGUGUUGAUGAAUCUAAUUUGAUGCACUGUGACUUUGAAUCAUACACCUGGACCUAUGAUUCAACUUGUGGUCUCUCUCAGUCGAGCAGUGACCGGUUUGACUGGACUCGUCAUUCUGGAUCAACAUCAAGUUCCUCUACAGGUCCAUCCAGUGCUGCUGAAGGGUUUUAUUAUCUGUAUAUUGAGGCAACAUCCAAAGUUUACCAAGAUAAUGCUGUUUUAUACUCAAAGUAUCUAGGUACAGGUGAUAAUGCAUGUCUUUACUUUAAAUAUCACAUGUAUGGUGCCACGAUCAACACACUAAACAUCAACGUUUCCACUAAUGGCUUUAACAAUCAAAGACUUUGGUGGAGGUAUGGAAACCAAGGAAAUAUGUGGCACCAAGCUAGUGUGAAUUUACCCAGAAGCUCUUCCUUACGGAUUUUCAUAGAAGCAAUCAGAGGUACUAGUUACACAGGGGAUAUAGCUAUUGACAAAGUGAUGGUCAAGAAUGAAUCCUGUAAAGCCAUUCAAGAGGAUUACAAAUGUGAUUUUGAAGACAGCUCAUGGGUUUCUGGUUGUUCUUUACAAAUAUAUAGUGGUUCAACAUACUGGUAUCGUAAUACUUACACUUCUACAUCAGGGACUGGUCCUAAUUCUGCACAUAAUGGCCGUUACUUUAUUUAUCUAGAAUCAGACAGUACCAUUACAGGAGGAAAUGCAGUUCUUUCUUUUGACUCAAACUUAAAUUUCUAUGAUACAAGUUGCAUGGUUUUCUAUUACUUCAUGUAUGGAAGCACAAUGGGGACAUUACAAGUGAAGCAGACAUUGCAAAAUGGCAGAACUGUGAUCCUCUGGCAGAGACAGGGGAAUCAGGGAUAUGAAUGGAAACAAGCCUAUGUCACCCUCAAAGGACCUAAUCUCACUAUAGAAGCUAUAAGAGGGCCAGGCUCCUAUUCAGACAUAGCAAUUGAUGAUUUGUACAUCUUUAAUGGAACAUGCAACCCCUAUCUGUGCCAUCCAUAUUCAGAGCCAAGUGUAAACUGUACUUUUAACGGAGCGACCUGUAACUAUAGCAACACUGACCCCAACUCCCAGUGGAAGAUCGGUGGAUCGUUCAAUUAUGGAAUAGAUCUUCCAGAUGAUCACACAUCUAGCAAUGGUUCUUUCAUGUUCUACCAAAACUUGAAUGGAAAUGAAGGUGAUAGUGCUACCUUAAAGUCGCCUAACUUUACAUCUCCUGCAAAUGCACACUUGAGAUUUUACUACCACAUGAAUGGAGCAAUGACGGGGCACUUCACGGUGUGGGCUGAGGGCAGAGAGGGACGUCGUUUGGGGGAAAUAUUACUCCAAAAACAAGGGGAGCAAGGAAACCAGUGGAACAGCUUCUGCUCAGUGAUACCCUCUGACACGGAAAUGUCGCUGAUUUUCAAGGCCACUCGAGGCACGCUAGGGCUUAAUCACGUCGCCAUUGAUGAUGUCAUAGUGGACAGUGAAAAUUGUCCUUAUGGCUUAAAAGAUGCCUCCUGUGAUUUUGGACAACCGGACAUAUGUGGCUACUCUGUGAAUUGCACAGAAUGUAGGGAGGAGUUGCCAUCCUUCAAAUGGAGACGAAUGUCUGGGAGAACAGCCAGCAUAAACACAGGUCCUAAUGGAGAUUCUACACGUGACACGGAUCCAACAGGUUAUUACCUGUAUGCUGAGGCCAGUCACGGAAGCCCAACUGAUAGCACUGCCGUCACCUUCCCAGAAUUCUCUGUUGACAGGGACACAAAUAUGCUCAGUUUUGACUAUCAUAUGUUUGGAGAUGAUGUUGGAAGUUUGAUAGUACAGGUGUAUGAGACGGGUUCCCAGACAAAGACAGCAGUCUGGACUAAGUCCAGCAGUCAGUGGAGCACCUGGAUCCAGGCCUGUGUGGACUUUUCAGAUUACACAGACAAAUCCGUCCAGAUUUCCUUCAUAGCUGUCAGGGGCUCAGGACCGCUAGGAGAUAUUGCCAUAGAUAACGUGGAGAUGGUACAACAAUGUGCAAUUUCAGAUUCCCUGAGCUGUGAUUUCGAGAGACCUUGUGAUUACAAGCCUGUUGUUUCCUCUGUUGACUGCAAUCCCUCGAGCUUGACCUGGCGAAGAACUCAGCCAUUACUAGACAGUAGCUUCCCUUACACAGACCACACCUUACAGUCUAGAUAUGGACACUACUGGACAGUUGGACAUUGGUCAUCUCGAAUGUCUAUCCAGGAAGGUGACAUGGCCAUGAUGGUCUCCCCUGUGUUGUCACUUAGAGAGACUGACAUCAUUAACUUCCAUUAUGCCAAAGGGGAUGAGUCCAAACUUAAAGUUGGCUAUAUACCAGCUUCAGAUUUGUCACCAAAUCCCCAAUCUCCCAAUGUAACGGGGCUUUCAGAUUCCUACUCUGGAGUGAAAACUUUAUGGUCCUACUCUGGAGUGAAAACUUUAUGGUCGUCUGUGAACACCAUUCCAGUAUGGACUCCGGUGUGUGUAACGCCAGGACAGAACCUAAGUGACAUCGUGUUGGUCUUUGUUUUUGAAUGUGGUCCAUUCAGAUCUGGAUGUUUUGCUUCUGUUGAUGAUGUCAGCGUGAAUACAACUAAUCAAUGCACAGCUGGAAUUAUGGAGCGGGGUUGUUCCUUUGACGUGUCCGGUCAGUGUAGAGAAACCUUCAGCUCUGCUGGCUCCUCUAACUUGUUUGGACCAGAAUUUAUGUGGUAUCACCGAUUGAUGAUUGGAACGCCUUAUUCUUCACCCUCCUCUGCUUGGGUUCUAGGCAUGCCCAGUACAAAUCUAUUUGGAGGUUUUAUGUAUGCCAGUUCAGGACAUGGAAAAUUUAGAGACAUAGCUACAAUGAGUCUUCCGUCAUUCAUGGCUGCCAAGGAUUCCUCAAUUAGGUUUAAGGUGUACAUGUAUGGCCAUGCUAAUUUACACGUGACGGCUGAUAUAAGCUCUGGAGCCCAGGUGAACUUUGUUACGUACCGUAGUGCUGUAUCGGGAUGGGUUGAUGUGUGUCUGGACCUUUACGAGGGAGAAGUGAGUGGAGUGUCCUUCACCACGUCCAGGAGCUCCGAUCCGUUCAGUCUCAUCGCUGUGGAUGAAAUCACUUACAACGAUACAUCAUGUCCUAAGGCAUCAGUCAACUGCACAUUUGAUGAUGGCUUUUGUGGAUACAUAAGAAACUCAGACUGGACUCUGCAGAAACGGUCCAAUUCCUCUAAUGAUGGGUUCCAUGCUGAGGGCAAGAGAUUGGGAUCCUACGGAUAUUUUACCACAUCACUGGUGUCCCCUCUUGUUACUGGAGUAUCUGAUCGCUCAUGUGUCCAGCUUGAAUACAUGUUGGGCACUUACUUUUCAAGUAGCCUCACUGUGACGUUUAUGGAUGCAGAAAUGGGGAGAAAUGAGUCGUGGUUUGCAGGGUCUUCCAACAGAGGACAGUGGAAGUGGCUGAAUUUGUACUCCAAUUUCAAGUCGUACUAUAUUGUUCUGUCUGCAAGAAUUUAUUACUACGACAUGGUCAAGAUAGAUAACUUAAAAGUUACCCCUGGAGAUUGUCCUCUGAUAGAGUGUUUAAGCGAUCAGUUGCUCUGUGCCAGUGGAGACCAGUGUUACUUAGCUACUGGGAAAUGUGAUGGUUUUCCUGAUUGCUCAGAUCAAAGUGAUGAAAUGGAAUGUGGAGGUGCCAGUGUUGACUGUGACUUUAACAAAUUCUACCUUUGUGGAUACCAUGGUCAGAACAUCAGACAGGAUUUUACAGAAGAUCGAACAAGAGCACUGAAUUCAGCAACCAAUAGGUCUGGAGCGGCUGUCUCUAUUGUUUACAACUCGUUUUCGAUUGGAUUGUUGAAGGCACCAGUUAUCAAUGUAUCAGCAGACUCCUGUCUGACAUUCUACACAAAAGCUUCUUACUACAGAUACCAUGUGUCUCUUCUGAGAGUUAUCAGGAACGACUCAAAUUCUCUGUCCUCAUUGGCUGAAUUUGACACGUCUGUCAGAAAUAAAUGGCUCAGGAGAAAUGUUAACAUCACCAGCGGAGAGAUGUCCCUUAUAUUUGAGUUCUCUCCCCUCCACAUCCCCCAGACAAGUGACUCGGAUGGAAUGUACAUUGAUGACGUUCAACUCACAGAAGGAUAUUGUAGAAAACAAGUGUGUGAAUCCACAGAGAUCUACUGCAGUGUAGAGGAUGUGUGUUUACCCUCCCUUGUCAGAUGUAAUGAACAGAAUGACUGCUUAAAUGGGGAGGAUGAACAGGACUGUGUAUUUAACAUUACAUGUGACUUUAAUGAUGAAGAUUUGUGUGGAUACUAUGGGAACUGGACCAGAACCAAUACACUAGAAGGCCUUAACUCCACCAAUGAUACUGAACAAGGACAAUUCCUUGUUGCUGGAAGUGAUCAAUAUGUAUACAACUCUACCUUGAGUUCACCGAGACGUUUGUUCUACGGAGUAUGGUGUUUGUCGUUGGACGUAGCUAAAGUCCAUCUCCACCCUUACUCCGCCUCAUUCCUGCUAAUCAGCGCAAGCUUAUAUAGCUCCUCAGAUAUUCUGGAAAUCGACGACUUCAAUUUAUUGAACAGUUCUUGGAAGCGUUAUGAAGUGACGGUGUACAAUUAUUAUUCUAAAGAAGCUUACUUGAACUUUUCUGCAACAACCUUCCAAGCUUAUAUUGCUAUAGAUAAUGUGAAACUUAAAACUGGAAUGUGUUCCUCUGACCAAACAACAACAAGUUACCCUUUUACAGCUUCACCUCAGACCACAACGCCAUGGUACUGGACACCGUCGCCCACGACGACCCACAGUCCCCCCACAACAGAUUCCUCAGGGUGCUACAUGAUGAGAUACAUCUUGUACUACACAGAAACAAGAUUACCUCCCACUUAUUCUCUUACUCAAACUAUAGAUGGGUGUGAGGGACAUUGUUUGAAUACACCUGGUUGUUAUAUUGUGACAUUUUACUGGUCUAAUAGUACUUGUAUGGUGUACAACUACAUCCCUUCUCUAAGGACAUCUUCAUUGAACAUAACAAUGGGCCUGAAAAACUGUUCAAUGAGUGAAAUGUCAUCUACAACAUCUGGAUAUUGGACAUCAACAAUGCAGCCUCCUCAUUUAAAUAUGAGCUGUCCUACAAAAAAGUUUUACAAUUCUGAAAUAGCAGCUACCCCCAACAAUACAUAUGAAAAUUCUUCUGAAGAUGAGUGUGAGAAAUUCUGUAAGAGUAAGAACUGGCUCUGUGUUUUUGCAGUGCACUUCUCCCAUAAUGCUACCUGUAUGCUGUACUAUUACUUGCCAGAAUUUGAAGCCUUAGUGCCCUCUUCAUCAAAUACCACCAUUAUAUACUUCAGUUGCUCGUUCAAUGAGACAACAAAGCAACAAACGACUACAUACCCAUGGUGGACACAGAGCCCAUCACCUAAUCAAACAACUACCAACCAGUGGUGGACACAAAGCCCAGCACCUAAUCAAACAAUGAACCAUCAAACAACUCAAAAUCUAUGGCAGUCUACAACAAGUCGAAAUUUAUGUCUUCAACUACAAGUUCCAGAGUGCCAGGAAGUUGGCCAUUCUUCCGUCACAUUUCCCAAUGUUUUUGGGCACACUUCUGUUGAGCAGGCAUUGAUUUACUUUGAUUUUUACAAGAAUAUCAGUUGUUCACCCAGCUCCAUGUAUUAUAUGUGCAAUAUACUUUUUCCUAAGUGUGAUCCAGCUACAGGACUUGUCAUCUUUCCAUGCCAAGGACAUUGCAAUGAUACACAUGAUUCCUGCCCUUCCUUGAUUUUUGCCCAUAUUGGUUACUGUGUCCUGCUACCAACUGACAAUUGUGAACCAAGUUACCAGCAACCAGUCUUCUCAACUCGACAGCCAGGCAAUGAGACCAAUCAUCAAACAACUUCAUACCCAUGGACACCACAACCCAGCACCUCCACGACUGUAAACCCCUAUACACCUCCUCCCCCUCAACCCACGACUGGAUACCCAUGGUGGACAACAACACCUUCUCCCCCUCAACCCACGACUGGAUACCCAUGGUGGACAGCAGCACCUUCUCCCCCUCAAGCCAGCACCUCAACGACUGGAUACCCAUGGUGGACAACACCUACUCCCCCUCAACCCACGACUGGAUACCCAUGGUGGACAACACCUACUCCCCCUCAACCCACGACUGGAUACCCAUGGUGGACAACACCUACUCCCCCUCAACCCACGACUGGAUACCCAUGGUGGACAACAACACCUCAGAACCCUUGGAUAACAUCAACUCCUAACCCUUGGUGGACAUCAAGUACAAACUGGUAUCCAUCUACUACCCGAAGUAAUUUCACAGAUGGCUGUUACUUGAUAAGUGAUUGGAACUGUCAACUUCAGUAUAAUGCUACACUAUUGCCAAAUGUGAUUGGACAAACUGACUUUAAUGUGAUUAGAAAUCAACUCCAGGGAUUGAGAAAUAUGCUCUAUUACAUACCAUCAAUGUGCCUUAAUCCAAUAAUGGAGUUAUCGUGUGGCAUGAUGUAUCCCAAAUGUGAGAAUGGCACAACCCAACAAAUUUGUAGAGAUUCGUGCAAGGAGGUUGCCAGUCUGUAUUCAGGUGCUUGUUCUGUGUAUAUGGUGGGAUACAAUGUCUCUGAGUUCAUUCUGUACUAUUGUGGAUUUUUGCCAAAUGAAGACUGCAUAACAGUACCAGUCAAUACUAGUGAUAUACCUGUCCAAACAACGCCCAUUACCCCACAAACAACUACAGGUCCUGCCUUGGGGGGAGCAAGAUUCCGUGCUGGUAACGGAACAGAGAGAUCAGGAGUCGUAGAGGUUCUGUAUCAGGGUGUCUGGGCACCAGUGUGUGGAUACUACUUCUAUAACUCCACGGCCAGUAUCAUCUGUAGAGAAUUAGGAUUCGGCGGUGGAACAAAACUGACCUCACUUUACGAGUACAACACUAGAUCAUAUGAAUUGUACUGUUCUUCCGCAUCUGAUUCUGGACUUGAAAACUGUAAUGUCUACGUACGGUCCUACUGUAGCAAUUCAGCAAGGAUCAACUGCUAUGAUAGCAACCCAUCCUGUACCUUUAAUGAUGCCUGGAAUGAUUGUGGCUACAUCCUAGGAAACUGGAGGAUUUCUGGUUCAACACUUAACCUCAAGUAUGGGUCCUCCAAUGUAACCUCCCCUCAGUUUACCAGUCCUGUAAAUGGAAGUGUUCAAUUCCAGUUCAUUAUCUACAGUCAAGCAAGCACGUUCCUCAGGCUUCAUUUGGUAACCUCAAAUGCAAACCAGAUUACAGAUUUUUCAGGUUCUAUAGAAGACUUAUGGCUCACAAGAUGUAUAAAUCUACCUCAGGAGGAGUCUGUCAAGCUUGUUUUUGAGGGGCUUGCAGAAAAUGCCUAUUCUUCUUCUUCAGCGAUAUCCCUGGAUAAUAUCACCAUAUCACAACAACCAUGUCAGGGUUUCCCAGACCUGUCCUGUACAUUUGAUGACCCAUCGUCUUGCCAUUUUGAAGUUGAUCACCCAAAAAGUUUGAUUCCUCCUUCAUUCAGAUGGAAGCUCUCCAAGAGCAAUGAAACUUCAGCUGGCUCAGUGGACAGUGGCUCCGUUGGCAAUCAAAAUGUGCGACUCGUUGGAGGGGGGACCCCAAACCGUGGCCGUGUUGAGCUCUACUACUCAGGUGUGUGGGGGACAGUGUGUGAUGAUGGCUGGGACUCGAGAGAUGCUGGAGUCAUCUGUGUGAUGCUAGGAUAUCAAAGAGCCAAUGCCAUUGCUUAUGGCGGUGCAUACUUUGGAUAUGGGACAGGACAGAUCUGGCUGGAUGAUGUUGGAUGUACUGGGACAGAGACAGAUAUAUCCAUGUGCUAUCAUUAUGGAUGGGGAAAUCAUAACUGUGGACACAGUGAAGAUGCAGGGGUAGCAUGUUCAGGUACUCGUACUCUACCAUCUACCACAGAGAAGCCUGGAGUCCCUGUAACAUUGACAGACAGAACCUACUCCACAGGGGCGGUGAUCCUUGCUGAUGCCAGUCAGGGUGAGGCUGGAGAGGUCACAACCUUUACCAUCCCUCUGAACACCACGGUGGGGGAGAAGCUGAGAGUUCUGUUCAGGUUUUCUUAUGGAGUCUGUAAUGACACUAGUAGGCUGGAGAUCAGACAAAGUGAAGCAGGGUCAUCCUCUUUGUUGUGGGGGUCCACAAGUAAGGAAGUGGAUUCCUGGCAAUGGCUGUGCUUACCUCUCAAGGACGAUGCUCAAGGUCAGCUGGAGUUCAAGGCCAUUCGUGGGUCAAGUGCUUUAGCAGAUGUACAGAUAGAUACAGUUCAUGUCUCCAGGGAAAAAUGUCCACACGUUGCUUCAUGUAGCUUCGAGUCUGCAAAGAUUUGUAAUUAUAUCGUGCAACAAAGCACCUCUCAAUUCCACUGGUCAAGGAGCAGUACCAAUAUCGGUGGUGUUGCUUUUGGAGAUCCUGUAUAUGGCAAGUCAGGACACUACAUGUACACACAGAGUUGUGUGAACUCCAUGCCUGUCCGGGAAGGUGCCACGGCAAGCCUCUCUACACCAAGGUUUCAGACCACAUCAAACAUGCAUGUGACGUUUUACUACCUCCUGAGUGGAUCUGAUAUAGGGGUCCUGAAUGUAUACAUGAACUCAGACUCCAGCCCCACCCCCCACAAAGUCUUCUCAAAGGCUGGUAAUCAGGGAACACACUGGUACCUGGCAUGUGUAGACAUACAGGGCAAUAAUAACAACGUAUCUGUCUCUUUUACUGCGUAUCAGGGCUUAGGAUGUAAUGCUACAUUUGGAAUUGACCAUGUGAUGGCAGAGGAAGGGUCCUGUCCUUACCCAUUAGUGGAUUUAAUGUGUGAUGUAGAAAAUCCAGACUUGUGUCGGUACCAGUCAAACUGCACCGAGGGAUCUAAGUUCCAGUGGGCCAGGGGCUCAGGUGAAACUCCCUCCUCUAACACCGGACCAUUUACUGACGGAAACGGUAAUCCAGCAGGUCAUUACCUAUUUGUGGAGGCCUCUGAUGGAAUGCCUGGAGACCAAAGUUUUCUCUGGUUCCCGCCCCUACAGACAACUCAGACCUCCAGUUUACAGUUUAAGUACCACAUGUAUGGGGACCAGACAGGGGAACUUGCAGUCUGGAGCCGAGAUAUCGGUACAGGUGUACUAAACCAGCUGUGGUCCAAAGCCAGCAAUCAGUGGCAGUACUGGCACAAGGGAUGUGUCACUAUCCCAGUUUCUUCCCAAUUUGAACUGUAUUUUGUUGCCCAGAAAGGCACUGGACAUAAAUCUGACAUGGCAUUAGAUGAUAUUGUGAUAAUGAGUGCUGCUUGUUCAGAUACAUCAGUAAGUUGUGAUUUUGAGGAUGAUUUCCUCUGUGGCUACCUGAAUCAGAGCGUUGCCCACUGGACAAGGGUUAACUAUACAAACACCAGCUACCCAGCCUCCUCAACUAGUAAGACAGGAAGCUACAUUAUGAGUUCCUCUAACUCCUCCAUCAUGUUGUCCCCGAGCUUGUCUCACCCCGGGGGCACGGGUUGUGUUCACUUUGAAUACUUUGCUCACCAUGGAGGAACCAACAGAUCCCUCCUGUCCAUCCAGCUGUUGGAGGAAACAGAACAAGGCACAAAAAGAAACAUGUGGAACCGGUCCAGGGUCACUGACGGCUUCUGGUACAACGGACAGUUUCAGUUUGAUCUCCCCUCCAGGAAUUUCCGCUUAGCUUUCCUGGGUGAAGCAGAAGAUGGGAGCUUUGUAGCUGUUGAUAAUGUGACAGUACUCAGUGGAGAUUGCCCUCCACUAGAGUGUCCUUCUAAUUUGUUCUCCUGCUCAGACCAAUGUAUUUCAUAUGAUUAUGUGUGUGACAAAAUUCCUCAGUGUCAAAACGAAGAAGAUGAAACACUUCUAUGUUCACGGAGUGUAUCAUGUGACUUUGAUGAUUCCUACCACUGUGGCUAUGUCAACGGUUCUUCGUCAACCCCAGUCUACUGGUUAAGGACGCUGAGUGUGAAUGGAGAGAUUAUUACUGACCACACUAAACACACUUCUAGAAACGGCAGUUCACUAGGUUAUUUCUUGGGAUUCCAGACCAGUUACACAACGCCUGUUCGUCUAAAUGCUCCCACAGAAAACAUUACAGUCGAUUCUUGUCUCAAGUUCUACACAUUUGGAAACAGAAACUUAUGGGUGGGAAAUUACUCACAAUAUCUUCUAACUGCCAUCAGUGAAAGCACAAUAUGGAGACCAUACCAGAUACUAGUGGAAGCUGGAAUAUUGACCUUACAAUUUUACUGGCCAGGAACAUAUACGUAUGAAAAUAAAUACGCAGGGUUGGAUGAUGUGUCAAUCACAGCAGGCGCUUGUCUGCCUAUUGUUUGUCCUCCUGAGAUGUUUGCCUGCGGCACCACAACCUGUCUUCCUAAUUCACUUAAGUGCGAUCGGAAAGUGGACUGUGUCUCUGGAGAAGAUGAGAUUGGGUGUCCUUUCAACAUAACCUGUGACUUUGAGAGUAACAACUGGUGUGGAUACUCAGUAGGAACGAGGUUUACUCGCAGACAAGGCAAUUAUUUCUAUCUCCCCAACCAGGACCACACAACUGGCACCCUACAAGGGCACUACAUAUACUUCAGCAGUGAGGAUGGGUAUGUGGCUAACGCCACUAGCCCUGUAGAAGUUUUAGAUGAUGGAUGCUUGUCAUUUUAUUACAACAUGGAGGGAGGGCCAUCAGCCCAGCUCAGUGUGUACGUCAUCAUAAAUGGCACCAGCACGCUACGCUUCGUGCGUGAUGGAGUGAGAGUGAAGCGAGAUCAGUGGGUUAAAGGUCAGAUUCCAGUGAAGGGAGGUAGGAUCUAUGUGGAGUUUGAGGCCUAUGCUGAUUCGUACUUUGACCAGCCUGGUGUUGUGGCUAUUGAUGAUGUCCAGUAUACAGAGGGGGAGUCCUGUCCCCAGGAAGCAUGUCGCACUGAUGAAUUUGAAUGCAGGGAUACAGGAUUAUGCAUUCCACGCUACCUGACAAUGGAUGGUGUUGCAGAUUGUGGAGAUUCAUCUGAUGAAAGGGUGGGGAAUGGUACCAGUGGAGUGGUUCGUCUGGUGGGAGGUAUGAAUCCUUCCUACGGACGACUUGAAAUAUCAGAGAACAAUGGACUUUUCUCUACUGUGUGUGAAUAUAACUGGGAUCACAAUAUAGAGUCACAGAUUGUCUGUAAACAGCUGGGAUACAGUCGAGCUUUGAAAACAUUUACCAGAUCAGAGUUUGGUUUAACACGCCUGAACAGAUACCAUUCAUAUUAUUAUAACUGUUAUGGGUACGAGACCUCCCUAAGUCAAUGCAGUCGCUAUACAAGGAGUACCUGUUCUACCAAUAAAUACACUGCAGAAGCCCAGGUGUCCAUUACAUGUUCUAACACAGAGUGUGUAUAUGGAGAGACUCCUUGUGAACCAGGCAAUAACAACACUGUGUGUGUCCCUGACAAGUAUUGGUGUGAUGGUUAUGUGGACUGUCCAGCCGCUCAGGAUGAGGAGAACUGUGGUAAUUGUAAAGCAGAUGAAUUUGAAUGUAGAAACCAUGACUGUGUUCCAUUGUCUCAGCGAUGUGAUAAUCUGAAACAGUGCUCAGAUGGCUCAGAUGAAUUCAGAUGUGUUCGGCCAGCUUCUGGAAGUUUAAGUGCAGGAAUGAUGCAGGCAUGGAAAGAUAACUCUUGGAGGACCCUGUGUGUAGAUUUCAUCACCGUAGAAACAGCUCAGUAUCUAUGUAGCAUCUCAGGAGGAGGCACAUUAUAUAACUUCCGGUCUGGGAGCUAUAUACUGGGAGGUUACCAGGCCCUGCCGAUACACAGUCCCAAUAAUAUUAUUCCAAAUCAUGUCCUGCAGGCCAGGUAUGCAUGUAAUGCACUGAUGCUGAGUUGCAGAUCCAUUGAAUGUGGUGUCCCAAGCUUGGUUCCCCAGACUGAGAAUAUGGUAAUCUCUGGUAAAGCGGCACAGAAUGGGGAGUGGCCCUGGCAGAUAUCCCUGAAGUACCUGGGUCGACACAACUGUGGAGGCAGCAUCAUACACCCAGACUGGAUACUGACGGCUGCACACUGUGUAGACUCUGGCUCAGGAUUUGAGAUAGGAAUGGGAAAUAUUGACAAUACUGCGUUUGCUGUUGAUGGCCAGUUGAUAAACGUGGCUCAGGUUUACAUACAUGAAGAUUAUACCACGAGCACCUCUCCGUAUUAUGUUGACAUGGCCCUCCUCAGACUGGCCCGGCCUAUAUACUAUAACGACAGAGUCCGACCAAUCUGCCUAGCCACACAGAGAGAGGGAUUACGUAACUGUUUUGUCACAGGAUGGGGAGCAUCUCAUUACGAGGGAGGAACUAGGGUGUUACCUGAGAUUCUACAAGAGACAGGUGUAUUGGUAGUAAAUAACACGGAGUGUCGUAAGAUGUGGGCCAGGGUCUCUACUGAUGUAGUGAUCCAGGACUCGGUCGUCUGUGUGGAUAACAGAGAACCAUUCUCUCCAGUGUGUAAUGGUGACUCAGGGGGACCCCUGGUGUGUCAGGAUGAUAAGGGUUACUGGAAGCUUCUAGGGGUGACUUCUCGUGGUCCAACAGGCUGUGUUUAUCAUGAGUACCUACCAGCUAUGUACCAGGGUGUUCCAAGUGAUCUAGCCUGGAUAAGCAGGAUAACAGGUUUGGAUUUUGAUAUUGCUGGUACCCCUAGUCCAUACACAGGAACUUAUCCGACGACUACAACACCAAGCUAUAAUGAAACAAAUCCUGCGUCAACUUCAUCACCAAGGUAUAAUGAAACAUAUCCCACAAAUCCAGCACCAAGGUAUAAUGAAACAUAUCCCACAGUAAAAACAACACCAGUUAGUAACCUGAGCCAAUCAACCUGA